CGAAUACGGCGUAGCGCAUCAUCUGCGGACACGCGAUCUGAGUGUCCGUAAGUUGACGCCUGCAGGCUGUGGCUUUGCUAGAUGUUGUUACACUUUAGGUUAUCUGUUGCCCUGACAUCUCAAGUUUGGAUUCUUUCAUCAACACGUAUUACUCACUAGGAUCUGUCCAUGUAUAUCGAGGUAUUUCGGACCGGUGAGGUGAUGCCUGUCGCCUAAGGCGUAAAUCGCCACUCGAGUGACUCAACAUGGAAGCGUCUCCUUCGCCAUCUAUAUAUCAUUCUACAGCUACAACCCCCUCUAUCGCUACAUCGAAUACAACUGAAGAGUUCACUCUGUCUAGCAUUCUCCAACAAUUCGAUCUUGACAAAUAUAUAGCCAUCGGCACACUUGUCAUCAAAUGCGAAUCAUGGAAGGAUGCUCAAUCGUAUGACUCCACAAGCUGGUCUGAACUGGAUGCGGUCGCAACCUCCGAUCUAGAUGCUUCCAACUCCCUGGGCGUCUUAUUACUCCCUCUUGUUAGCACAGGAUGGCUCCGCUUAUUCUUGCGGACGAACGUUGAUCAAACGACCUCUGCAAUCAGAAUUUAUCUCCUUUCAGAGGACGUAAGUCGAGCGACAGUAGACAGAAGUAGCUCUAAGCUUCGAAGGCAGUUGAAGAAACUCCUUUCUCGCCUCCAAACGGAAGAUGAUGGCCGUUUUGGAGAGCGGUUGGACCCUCGGCCGCGUGCUGCUAACGGCGGUGACCGUUCACUGUGGUACAUCUUCAACACCGUGCCUUCACCAGCGCCGGAUGUAGACAGACCAAUCGCGUCUCACGACUCAGAAUCAAUGCAGGACUUGUUAUAUGGACCCUUGGAUGGCAUCAAGACUCAGCUUUAUCCGUUUCAGGCUCGAACCGCAGCAGCAAUGGUUGAACGGGAGACCGCGCCCGAAAGUUAUCUUGAUCCCCGGUUCGAAGAACGGACCGAUCAGGAUGGUCGAAGAUACUAUUUCUCUCCCAAAGACGCCGUCUUUCUCCGCGAGCCGCAACAGUACGAGACGACUAGGGGCGGCAUAUUGGCCGAGUCUAUGGGUUACGGCAAGACGUUGAUUUGCCUCGCGGUUAUAGUAGCCACGAAGCAUCACAUGCCCCGUUUCCCUGUUGAGUAUCCUCCCAUCAUGCCAAAGAGAGAACAUACCGCAUCUCUGCUCUCUAUGACAGCAGCCAAUAUAGCUCGCCACGCACUUCCGUGGAGAAGAUCGAAAGUCCCUCCUCAUCUUGUGGAGCUGCUCCAGAGUUAUGUGCCAGCCUAUAAUAUACCACCGGACCCGAUACGGUUCAAUCGAAAUCCCUCAAAGCUACCUAUACGCCAUCUCACGCUCUCACAUUGCACGCUGCUUGUUGUACCGGAUCAUUUGUUUGAUCAAUGGAUCAGUCAGAUCCACAGUCACGUAGAACCUGGAGUCCUCUCCGUCUUGUACAUUGGUGAAAGGACCCAAAAAUUACCAUGCGCCUCAGAACUGGUUACCUAUGACACUAUUUUGUUCACAAAAUCGAGGUUUGAAUUGGAGAUCUUGGAUGGUCAAGAUGUCCAAGGUCGAUCAUUGGGCCAGGGACCACAAACUUCUUGCCAGUGUCCGUACAUAGGAGCAUCUCGUCUCAGAGAUUGUACCUGUCUUACGCCUGAGGAAAUCUAUAAAUCUCCUCUCAAAGAAGUUCAUUGGCUCCGCAUAGUCGUUGACGAAGGACAUGGCUUCGCCUCGCCUACGUCUGCGGCCGUCCGGGUGGCGAAUCAACUGCAGGCAGAGCGACGGUGGGUCGUGUCCGGGACUCCGGCCAAAGGAUUAGUCGGCGUGGAGAUUGACGACCACUACCAUGAGAACUUGGACUUCAGCGACCAUGCCACCGCCUCUGAGCGCUGGAAAGCUGUUCGAGAGGCAAGGAAAGGAUUUCUUAGCACGCCUGAUGAGACGCACGGCGCUCAAGCUCUUGGACUGCUUGCCUCACGGUUUCUCAAAGUACAGCCAUUUACCGGGGCUUUGAAGGGCGACAACGCGGCCAAUUGGAAUGACUAUAUUUAUAGAGGGACAGGAAAGGACGCGAGACUAUCGGGCUACUCAAGUUGUCUAUCCAGGACACUGGAGAGGCUGAUCAUCAAGACUCGCCCAGAAGAUGUAGAGAAAGACCUCCAGCUGCCUCCACUAAACCACCGAGUGGUUCGGCUAGAACCCUCAUUCUACGACAAGAUGACGACCAACAUGUUUGUACAAGUCAUGCGCGGAAACGCCAUCACCAGUGAACGGGCCGAUCGUGACUAUCUCUUCCACAAGGACAACGAAAAGCCACGACAUGAAUUGAUUCGAAAUCUUCGGCAGGCCAACUUCUUCUGGACCGGGUUCAGCCCCGAUGACGUUGCAUCGUCCCUUGAUGUUUGCAGUACCUAUCUUGAUAAAGCAGAAGCCAAAUGCACAGCAGAGGAUCGCAAGGCAUUGUUGGAAAGCAUGGACACAAUCAAAAGACUGCCUGGGAUCAGUACAUGGGAAGCGAUGGGCUUCUCGCAUGAGCUUGGAAUAUAUGUAGACCCAUGGCCCGAAGAUUACUUAGACAUAUGGGCUCUGAAUCACAAAGAUCAGCCCGCUCCGAUCGGACUUGAGUCGCUGUACCAGGCACAAAUUCAUGUGAACAGCGCUGAAUCUGCACAUGAGGAUCCGCUUGAGCGUUUCAAUGCGAUUGGCAUUGAUAUGAAACGCAGGUUCAAGGAUCGGAAGGCGGAAACGGAGCACAAAAGGGAUCCAAAAGACGCAAAAACGUCGCAGUCGGCAGGGAAGAUCCUCAACUCGGGCGUUCCGUCUUCCAUUCUCACUAGCAACGGGGACGGGGGAGCGCGAAGGAGCAUCUUAUCGAAUCGAAGCCCAAACAAGGCCGGAAAAAAGUCACCCAAUCUACUCAAGCGCAAAGCGAUGGAUGAGUUUGAAGAAGUUACAUCACCGUCAAAGCGGCCCAAAUUCAACCUCACGCCUGGCCAUGUCGCGGUCGCCAGCCCUGAGUUUGAGGAUGCGGAAUCAAACACAUCCACAUCUGCCUCAUUAUCCGCCGCUAGAAAGUGUGUCGGCUUCACCACUGACGAACUGCCAUCGCAAUCACCAACGAAACCACGGAAAAGCGCAGGCUCUGCCAGCGACCUCCCGAUGCGAAUCACAACGGAAUCCUUAGGCCACUCAUCAAACAGCCACGCUACGCCACAGUCCUCUUCAUCAAAGAGCCAACCUCAAAAGCCCAGCAUUCUCAAGCCAUCGAUAGCCACAUCCUCAUCAACAGGUCCAUCGACUGACUCCGGCACACAGAAGAAUCUGACACAACUCCACUCCUCCACUCUCCUCGGCACAACCUCCGCCAAAGCAAGCUAUCUUAUCGACGCCUUCACCCGCUACACGCCGCACGAAAAAGUCCUCGUCUUCUUCGACUGCAUCACCACCGCGCGCUACAUCCAAUCCCUCCUCGACCUCCUACACAUCGGCUCCCGCCAUUUCGCAUACCGCAUGCCGACUCGCACACGCGCCAAGAACAAGACCGACUUCCAGGAAAACCCGCUCGUGAGAGUGCUGCUGAUCGACGUCAAGCUUGGCGGUGAGGGCCUAGAUCUGAACGCCGCAAGCGUGGUGCUGAUUGUGAAUCCCAUCUGCCAGCCAGCGCUCGAGGCCCAGGUUAUCAAGCGUGCGCAUCGCAUCGGGCAGACCAGACGCGUGCUCGUCGAGACGCUGAUACUUAAGGGCACCGUGGAGGAGGAGCUGUUCGAGAUGAGCAUGAAGAUGACGCGCAAGGAGCUGGGCGAGGGCAUGGCGCGGAACGAGCGCAUCAGGGAUGUUCUGCUGAACGCGAAGAUCAUUCCCGUGGGGGAGCGCGAGCAUGAGCCGCUGCGUGCGAUGGCCAGACUAGCUGUGCCGCAGAAGAUCUUCGGGAGGGAGAACUGGAAGGCGUUUAAUGAGAUUGACGACGAUGACGAUGGUGGUGACGAUACGGAGAGUAAAGGGGGUAGGAAGAGGGCGAGUGUGAGGAAGGGGAGGAGAAAGAAGGGAAUAGUUGUAAAGUAGUCGAGGCGAGUCGAUAGACCCGCUGGUAAUAGACGUAUGUAUACAUAUAUGGUACAACAUGUACGAGUCUAUGUAAAUCGCCUUUGUCCCUUUUGAGGUCAGG